AGGUGGGGAGGCGGUGGCCCGCGACUCCCCGCGCGCCGCUCGGCCCCCGGCCCUUCCCGCGGCGCUCGGCCUCCUUCCUUCCCUCCUCCGCUCCCUCCGUCUUCCGUGCGCGCUACGCGCGGCGCUCGGCCGGCGUGCUUCGCGCCCUAACGGGCGGCUGGGGGCGCCAAUCAGCGGGCGGCAGGGUGCCAGCCCCGGGGCUGCGCCGGCGAAUCGGCGGGGCUCGCGGCCCGGGGUGGGAGGCGGGUCUACCGCGCGGCCGCGGCGGCGGAGGAGCAGCGAGCCUGCAGCCCGCGAGCGCCGAGCGAGCCGCCCGGAGGUGGGUGCGCUGCGGCCGGCCGGCAGGCGAGGCAGAGAGCGGAAGCGGAGCCCCCUCCAUCCCAUCGGAAGAGGAAGGAACAAAAGGUCCCGGGCCCCCCGGAUCUGACGGGGCGGGACCUGGCGCCACGGUGCAGGGUAGAUUCACAAGACUAUUUCCCUAGUGUGGAGCUGCCUUGGGUAAGAGUAUGUCGUCCAUCUUGCCUUUCACUCCGCCAGUGGUGAAGAGACUGCUGGGAUGGAAGAAAUCUGCUGGUGGGUCUGGAGGAGCAGGAGGAGGAGAGCAGAAUGGACAGGAAGAAAAGUGGUGUGAGAAAGCAGUGAAAAGUCUGGUGAAGAAGCUAAAGAAAACAGGACGAUUAGAUGAGCUUGAGAAAGCUAUCACCACUCAAAAUUGUAAUACUAAAUGUGUUACAAUACCAAGCACUUGCUCUGAAAUUUGGGGACUGAGUACACCAAAUACGAUAGAUCAGUGGGAUACAACAGGCCUUUACAGCUUCUCUGAACAAACCAGAUCUCUUGAUGGCCGUCUUCAGGUUUCACAUCGAAAAGGGUUGCCACACGUUAUCUAUUGCCGGUUAUGGCGCUGGCCUGAUCUUCACAGUCAUCAUGAACUCAAGGCAGUUGAAAACUGCGAAUAUGCGUUUAAUCUAAAAAAGGAUGAAGUAUGUGUAAAUCCUUACCACUAUCAGAGAGUUGAGACACCAGUUUUGCCUCCGGUAUUAGUGCCACGGCACACUGAGAUUCUAACAGAAUUACCGCCUCUGGAUGAUUAUACCCACUCCAUUCCAGAAAACACUAACUUCCCAGCAGGAAUUGAGCCACAGAGUAAUUAUAUCCCAGAAACACCACCUCCUGGAUAUAUUAGUGAAGAUGGAGAAACAAGUGAUCAACAAUUGAACCAAAGUAUGGACACAGGCUCUCCAGCAGAACUGUCUCCUACUACUCUCUCCCCUGUUAAUCAUAGCUUGGAUUUGCAGCCAGUUACUUACUCAGAACCUGCAUUUUGGUGUUCAAUAGCGUAUUAUGAAUUAAACCAGAGGGUUGGAGAGACAUUCCACGCAUCGCAGCCCUCACUCACUGUAGAUGGCUUUACAGACCCAUCAAAUUCAGAGAGGUUCUGCUUAGGUUUACUCUCUAAUGUUAACCGAAAUGCUACAGUAGAAAUGACAAGAAGGCAUAUAGGAAGAGGAGUGCGCUUAUAUUACAUAGGUGGGGAAGUUUUUGCUGAGUGCCUAAGUGAUAGUGCAAUCUUUGUGCAGAGCCCCAAUUGUAAUCAGAGAUACGGCUGGCACCCUGCAACAGUGUGUAAAAUUCCACCAGGCUGUAACCUGAAGAUCUUCAACAACCAGGAAUUUGCUGCUCUUCUGGCUCAAUCUGUUAAUCAGGGUUUUGAAGCUGUCUAUCAGUUAACUAGAAUGUGUACCAUAAGAAUGAGUUUUGUGAAAGGAUGGGGAGCAGAAUAUCGAAGGCAGACAGUAACAAGUACUCCUUGCUGGAUUGAACUUCAUCUGAAUGGACCUCUACAGUGGUUGGACAAAGUAUUAACUCAGAUGGGAUCCCCUUCAGUGCGUUGCUCAAGCAUGUCAUAAAGUUCAUCACCAGUUGAGUCCCAUCAAAAGACUUAAUGUUAACAACUCUUCUGUCAUAGUAUUUGUGUAUGGUCCCGAUGGACUGUUUGCUAUCCAAAAAUUCAAGAGAAAACAGCACUUGAGGUCUCAUCAUUUAAAGCACCUUGUGGAAUCUGUUUCCUAUAUUUGAAUAUUAGAUGGGAAAAUUAGUGUCUAGAAGUGUCUUCCUGUAAAGGGGGAAAAGAAGAUUUAAAGACUUACUGGUAUCUUGUUGGGCAUAAGACUGAGUGUCCCAAAGGUUUAUUAAUAACAGUAGUAGUUAUGUGUACAGGUAAUGUAUCAUGACCCAGUAUCGCAGUAUUGUGCUGUUUAUAUACAUUUUUAGUUUGCAUAAAUGAGGUGUGUGUGUGCUGCUUCUUGAUCUAGGCAAGCCUUUAUAAAGUUACAAUACCUAAUCUGUAUUCCCACUUCUCCGUUAUUUUUGUGUCUUUUUUAAUAUAUAAUAUAUAUCAAGAUUUUCAAAUUAUCAUCUAGAAGCAGAUUUUCCUUGUGGAAAACCUAAUUUUUCUGCCUUUUACCAAAAAUAAACUCUUGGGGGAAGAAAAGUGGAUUAACUUUUGAAAUCCUUGAUCUUAAUGUGUUCAGUGGGGCUUAACAGUCAUUCUUUUUAUGUUUGUUUAUUUUCUGCUAAAUUGCAUUAUUAUGGAAACCAUAUUGAAAAUCUUUCCAGGCCUCUUUUCUUCAUCCCACUUUUGUUCUGAUACCAAAACGGUGCAGCGUGACAUCUUUUCUAAUUGCGCUGACACUGCUGGCACCAGUUAAUUCUGGGUCCAGUAAAGUUCAUGCAAAGGAAGUUCCCUUGUCUUAGAACCAGAUUUCAACAGAUAAUAAUUGACUUGUAUAACCUAUCAGUCUAUUGACUUAACCUUCCAUCUCAUAAAGAAUGCACAAGUGGCAGUAUAAUUGUUUUCAGGGAUGUGCUAGAAGUACUUCAGUAUAUUUAUCCUUUUUAAAGCCAAUCUAUAAAUAUAAAUACCCUUUUUUAAAGGUAUUUUAAAAUAUUUCAGCAGCAGGCCUUCUGCUCUUUGAUUUGAGUAGCUUCAUUUGACUUACCAGAUUGUAUUAUGAGACGGACCUUUUGUAAAUGUAAUUGCUUCUGCAAAAUACCUAGAAAAGUGACGCUGAGGUAUAAUCAGCAGAUAAGGGCCAUCUGUUUUUAAAGUAUGUUGUAUUCAAUUUAUAAAUUGAAUGUUAUUUUACAUAAUUAAGAAUUCAGAAUUUUUAAAACUGGGGGAGAAGCCGUUUAGCAAGUUUUUUAGCUUAUAAUUACCUGUGGUCUGAGCUGUUCUUAACUAAUCCUGGGUAUGUGGUUGACCAUAUUUUAUGCUCUGCAGUAAGAGGAGAUUCCAGCAGCUCUGUUGGUAGUCCAUUCUGCAGCAAGUUAUUAUUAUGUCUAAUGUUGACUCAUUGCAGUGUAAACAUGUCUUCUUCUUUGCAUCUUAACAGAAAUGGAAAAUACCACUCCUGAUCCUUUUUUCGUAAAUUUUCAUAUUUUUGAAGAUAGAUACCUUUGGUACUUGUUCUUUGAAACCAUAUUCACCUGUAUGUACAAGUAUCAUUUUCGAUACUUUCAGCAUUUGGUUGUUUUCUAUUGGAUACUCCCCCAUUUUCCUAUAUAUUUGUGUAUAUGUAUGUGUUCAUGUAAAAUUUGGUAUAGUAAUUUUUUUACUCAUUCAACAAAUAUUUAUUGUUCACCUGUUCUGUGCCAGGAACUUUCUUAGCCUUUGGGUAAAGGUGAACAAGACAGCUACAGUUUCUGCCUUUGCUGAGACAGCAGGUAUUCUAACCUGUAAUCAUCCUGUCUGUGAAAGAGAUAAACAGGGUACUGUGCUAGAGAAUAACAGAUGCGAUGCUUCAGGUAGAACGUCAGGAAGGCCUCUAAGGAAGUGAAUGCUCAAGCUAACACCUGGCCUGGAAAGACCCAGCCAUGUGAAGAACCAAGGGAGAUAAGCACUCCAGGUGAAGAGCGCAGCAUCAAGUGCAAAGGCUCAUUUUAAAGGAGACUCACUCUUAGGUGUUAAUUCUUUACACAGAAACCUCUACACAAAUCCAAACUUGAAGAUCAGAAUGGUUCUACAGUUUAUACUAUGUUGAAGGUGGCCUUACUUUGUGACAGACUGAGUUACGUCAUUAUCACUUAUAUCUUCUUCCUCAGAUCUUUACUAUAAAAAUCUUGUUUGCACCAGGUCAACACCACUUAAUUUACCAAUGCUUUCUUUGCAGUUUUUCACCAACAUAGUGACCUGCUUCUUAUUUCCAGACUUCCCUCUGCCCACUAAUUAUUACUUCUGCCCAUCUUGUGAUUAGAGUAAAUGUCCCAGUUAUUAACCACUGUCAGACCUGCUGGAGAUAAUCUGUGGAGUGUCUGCCGUUUGUGGAAAUAUUUACAUCCUGAAGGACUUGUACUAAUGUUAGGAAACAGAUCUGCAGGCAGAGAGUAACUUUGAAAGUGGUAGAAGGUCCUGGCAGUUGAGCUUGCGUUCAUGUGUUAAAUGAAGUAGUGCCAACUGUGGCAUUUCAACAGUGGAGCACGUCUGUGUAUUUCAGGUGGGAUUUUUUCUGUACAAUGUGGAACUGGGACUGAACUCUGAAGACACCUGUUGCGUUGAGCAUUUACACUGUUGAGCAGUCGACUUCAGCACAGUGAUUUCUUUUGUGUGAAUGUUUAAUGAUCACAUUUGCUUUUUAAAUGAGAUACUGAUUUUGCAUUAUAUUUUGUCUACUGUGGCCUAAUUUUUGUUCCAUUGUUUUUUCCUUAUAAGGGAUGGAUUUUAUUCCAAAUGAUAGCAUCUCCUCUCUUUUGAAUUGUCUUUAUUUAAUCAACAAUAUUAUUUAGAAUUUGUUCUCCAUGGUACUGGUGGUAUCUGCACUGUAACACCUGAGAACUGGAUGGCCAUGUUGCUAACCCAGUUCUAAAAUGAGUUGGGAUUUUCCCAGCAGCUCCACAAAGACACUCUGGGGCUGACUUAGGGCGUAGAGGCUGAUGCUGUUCCCACUGACUUUGGUUCAACCAGUGGCAGCUCAUCUUAUAUUGGAGUUCUGCCUGAGAUUUCUUUUGAAAAGAGUUUGAUUGCUUUUUUAAAAAUAAAAUUUGAAGUCUUUAUACCCAAAUUAGAAAAUAAAUCUGGAUUUGGGCCGAUCUUUUGGAAUACCACUAAAUUGUGUUCUUUCAUCCUGUUUAAAGGAGCUUUCCUGGUAAGAUCUGAACCAUGCCAGCUACACUGACUUUAUGUUAUGGUAUACAUUCAGUGAACACUUAUUGAUACCUGUUGCUUACCUAGCCACUGUGACAGAUGUUGAAUAAUAAAAAUAUGACUAGAAUAUGGUCCUGGCCCUCAAGCUGGGCUUAGUGUGUGGGGCGUAGUUGCUCUCAGGACCUGUCACUUUGCCAGAAGAAAAUCUGCCUGAUUUUUUUUAAAAGUAUUCCAUUUAUGUACUCUCACUCUCUAUUCUAAGUAAAUAUUUGCAAAUUAUUUAAUACCUAGUUAUAUUUUUACCUUAAACCAUAUGCAAUUAAUUUGAUCCAUCUUUGAACAUCUUCAGCUUUUCUCCUUUGUUAAAAUUAUUUAAAUUUCACUUUAUUUUUACUUUUGUUGUGAAUUUCAGUAAGACUAAGACUUUGAAAGUGAAAAACAAUCAGUAUUUUGCUAGUUGAAAUCAAAAAAAGAAAGUAUAUACCCAGUCGAUUUUUCUACCUCUUCCAAAAGCUGCCCAUGUAGACCUUUAAAAUCUUAUCAUUUAAAAAAAUGACUAAAUAGUUUGAGCAUUUAUUCUGUAUUAGGCACCGUCUUGGUCUGAUGAAUAUAAAGUAACACAAGACAAUCUUCAUGUACUUAAAAUUUGUCUUUUAUAUAUAGUCUUUGAUUUAAAAGCUGUCCCCUUCUGAGCCAUCUCCCCAAGGAUCUCCCGCCUGCACCCCCCAGUGCUGGGGAUCCAACCCAGGGCUUUUUUGCACAGUAGGUAAGCACUCUACCACUAAGCCCCAGUCCCCAAAGUAUCUCUAGAUAACUCAGAAAUUCGUGGACAUGAGCAACCAGGGACCUUUCCUCUUAACUCUGAUCUUAAGCAUUAAUGUUUAAAUAUAUCAAAUUAUUGCUCAUUUUCUUCGUCUUCUUUACUUUACUAAAUCCUUGAUGAUCCUCAACUGAAUUUUAUUUUUCCUCCCCUCUGACAACAUGUAUCCAAGUGGUACUUGCUGAUUGCCCUAUCUCCUGUCAGUUGUAUUUUAUCUGCAGAAUCAGAAUCCUCUCUCCUUUGAAUUUACUAUUAUCCAAAAAAGAAGGGCACUUUCAUAUGCCGUGUUUUCAUUUCUUUACCAAGAAUGUUAUAGUGUUGAAACUAGUACCUUGCUUUAAUCUUACAAAUGACUCUGAAAUUCUGUCCAGUUAAAUUCCUCUUGUGACUGGCAAAUAGCAAAUUGUCAGAUUCUAUUUUAAGAUUAUGAACUUUUCUGCCACUUGCAGCCAGUAAAUUCCCCAUAACACCAGCCUCCUUCUGUCCCAGAGCACUGGAUUGUUGUAUUUAGUACAAUCAGGAUGACAGUGGCGUGAAGUCUCUGGAGGGUGAGAAUCCUGCUAUUGAGCUCCUUCUCUACCUUCCUUUCAAGUUUUCAUGAAUAUUGUUUUUGGGCUCCCUUUUGUGUGCUACAAUUGAGGGACAAAUUAUAUCUUCCAGUACAAUUCCUCACAACCAGGAAAUGUGAACUAUACUAGUCUCAUGACUGCCUUUAUAAUAAGAACUUGUCUCAAGUGUUCAUGUGAUUUCUUGAGUAGGAACUGUUGUAUCUUGGAUGUUAUAGUUAUCUUUACAUAUAGCAGAACUGCCUCACACUUUUUAGUAGGAGGUAAAGUAUAUAAUAUGUGUGUACAAAUUUAAAUACACAUAUACUCAUAGAAAAACUAACAGUUGGGGUCAUUUUAGCAAUGGUAAGUGAUUCCAUUAUUUAAAUCUCAGAUCCCAGGAAAAAGUUCUUAACUUGCUUAUAGACAUUUUCCUUUCAUGGAUAGACCAUGAGUGUAAUUUUCAUUAGUAAAAUUAGAGGCAGAAGGCAGGCAAUACUGAGGAUUGAACCCCAGGGCUCUUUACUACUGAGCUAUGUCCCCAACCCUUUUUUGUAUUGACACAGGGUCUUGCUAACUUGCUGAAGCUAGCCUUGAACUUGAAAUUCUACUGCCUCAGUCUCCUGAGGUGCUGGUAUUGCAGGCCUGUACCACCAUACCUGCCAAAGUCCUAAUUUGGCAACUCAUUUAGCAUGCCAUUUUUAGGCAGCUUAACAACAAUCAUAAGUAGAAUUCAUUAACAUUAGGUAAAGCUUUGCCAUAUACCCCUUCACUAAGUUACUAUACGUCCAGUAGUCUCUGGAAUGUACUGACCUAGUGUUGUGUUUGUUAAGUUGCUCCCCACUUAGUUCCCUUGUCCCUUUAAGAUUGCUGCUUAAAAUACCUGGAAAGUAUCACUACAAGGUAAAGGUCUCCUGUAUCUAGUGAUGGCUGAGGUGGUUCUGGCCUGUUUUCUUCAUUGUAUUCAAUAGAAAUGGAUUUUCCAAGGCUCCUUGGGACCACCCCUGACCCAUGGGGGACCUGGCCAGGGCAUAUUAACCCAUGUUAACAUCAGUGUCAGUUGACUUGCUGCCAUGAAGUCCAGAAUGGAACCAAAAUUUUACUAUUGAGAUAUAAAGAUUCCUUGGAAGAGUAAUGCCACUGAUGAUGGAGGUGACAAGGGUUCAUUAACUCCACACACAGGACUUUGAGUUUUUUUUAAUAAAAUUUCAAGAAAAAUGACGUUCUGCCUUUCAGAAAAGUAAGAAUUCUUUUCUAAACUUUCCAGUUUGCUCCUUUGGGAUGGGAAAUAGGGACUGCUUUCUAUUUGUAAUUAAAGAUAAGUUAUUAGACAAUGAUCCAUAAUAUAUUGAUUUUUAAGGACAAAAGUAAAGUUUUAGAAUUAUAAAAAUACUUAAAUAUUAUAUAUUUUCCAUUUUACAAUCAACUAUUCUCCCUUUUUCCCUGUGGCUUUUAAACUUUUGGCUAUUUUACAAUGUUAGUCACUAGGUAACUUGCCAUAUUUCUAGUUCUGUAUUAAGUUCUGCCCUUCACAGUGUUGUAAGCAAAAAGUUGGUUCUUAGCAUUUGUCUGUAGGAAUAGGAGGCUUACUAAAGUCUUUGUUCUUCCAGUGAAAAUUUCUUUUUCCUAGGGAAAGAGAUGUUUGUCUUUCUUAUUCACAUUCUUGGAUUCUUCAAGCUGAAAAGAAAUUUGGUGAGAAAGAAUAGGGUACUUUUCUUGUAAAUUUAUGUCAUUGCCUUAAGAAUGUAGUAAUUUUGUUGGUCUAUGUAACUCAUAUGCUCACAGACUACUUUAAAUCAGGAGAAAUAAUUAUAUGUAGCAAGUAAGUAACACGCAUGCAUUUUUAAUUAAAUAUUUCUUGGCAAAGUGCAGAAUCCUGAUUGGGCAUUUCUUAGGCCAAUAUUACCUCAGGCUCCAUGUUUGCUUUUUUGACCCUGACUUUAAGGCAUAAAUACUUGUGUGUCUUGACUAGUGAUAGUGAUGCUGUGACACUAAACAUUUUAUGUAAGAGGGUAAAACAAGGAAAACAUUAGAGAUGAAGUUGAAAACACUUGUGCAGUCUUUGAACUGCAGUCACAGCAUUGUCGGCAAAAUAAAAAUGUUCAUAUCUGAGAAUAUUUUUUGCAGUUUUCCCCCAGGGCCAGACUUUCUGGUAGAGCACAGUUAAAAGUAACAUAAUUCUGAGCUUUUGGAAAUAUCUCCAGUUGGCAGUCUUCUUUUCAAUCUAUAAAGCAAGAAUGUGGGCAAUAGCUGGCAUUGAAUGUUUUCACCUAAAAAAAGAAUAUGAAAAGACAUACAGAACUGGAUUAUACACUUAGCUCUGAAAAAUCUAGAAAACAUACAGUAAAAUACUAUAUAACUGGACAAAGCCAGAAGAACCUUUGGAACAUUUGUCUGGAAACAGAUUUCAUGGGUGAAUUUUGAUAAACUCACUAAAUUUGGUUACUCACAAAUGUUCUUAUAUUUCACACCUUAAGUAAGGCAGUUCUGGACUUCUAACCUUUUCAGCAAGUUUGAGGAACUAGCCAUUAGCAAGUGAGCUAAAAACAUUUUGUGGGUUGAUGUACUUAAAAGUAGCCUUAUACUCUGAGACAUUCUUAACUUUUUCCUAGUGAUGCUAAGGGAGGAGAGGAGCAAGUGGUGUCCUUAGGGUGACCAGCUGCCCUCACAUGCCUGGACUGGGGGGUUUCCUGGAUGCAGGACUCAGGACUUCUCAGUACUAGACCUAGGGGAGACCCAGGAGGAGGUGACUAUCUCAGGUAUUCCAGUGAUAUACCCUUACUCCCUGACCUGGUCAUGGUUGCUACCAUAUUCAGCUGCCCAUGGCUGUCAACAUUUCUGAUACUAAGAUAUAUAUCCUUCAGUCAUUUAUUACUGUGGAUAGAACUUAAGAUUCAAAAACAAUAAUAGCUAAAAGCACUAACAUGGUGAGACUUUAACAGUGACCCAGAAAUGGUAAUUGGUUAUUAAGUGAAAUAUAGAAUGGACAACUAGAUAGCUAAGUUCUUCAGAAUGUGUGUGUGUGUUCAAUACAAAUCAUGUGUCUUUGGGUGGGGGGGUUAAAUUUUAAUGUGAAAUUUUAAUUUUUCACAGUAAACAAAAACUUGAGCGUGGUUGUGGAUUUCUCUCAGAGGGAAAAUAUGACCUUUGAUGCUCUGACCUCUCUUACAUCUUGUGGUCUCCUGCUCAAGAAACCAGAAUGUGGUAUUUUAUUCUUGGUGACUGUUGUAUUGAAAUUAUUAAACACCAUCAGCAAAUAACAGGUGAAGGAAUUGGGUGUCCUGAUUGUAGACUGAACCAUCUGCUCUCCAGUCGACAGUCCUCCUACUUACUCCUAAGGUGCUUCCCAGCUAAACACCAAGUACGUCAGCUGAGAUUUUCCGAGGCGGCAUCAAGAUGGUGCAGUAUGAAGGAUGCGGACUCCUCUUGCUCCUCUCUGCUAGUCCUCUGGCUGCAUCCUCUGUGCACUGUGAUGGAGACUUAAAUGUGUUCUUUGUAAGUUUUCCUCCUAUGGUGGUUAGAAGAAUGAUGUGGUUUUUUUUUUUUGUUUUGUUUUGUUUUUGUUUUUUAAACAAUGAGCUGAGGCUUUAUUACAUCUGGUUUUCAAGUUAAAUUGUGAAAUACUGAUUUCCUUCCCCUUCCCACACCAAAUAUUUUAGUCUAUUUAAAGUAUUAAAAAAACAGUUCUGCUUAAGAAAACAUUGCUUAAAUGUCCUGUGAUUUCUGGUCAAUUUUUAUAUAUUUGUGUGCUUUCACUUUUUUACCUUGUUUACUCUUUACCUGUGUUAACAGUGCUGUUGCCAUUGAAAGGUGGACAGUUAUCCUAGCAUUAAAAAGAAAGCCAUUUGAGUUUGUUGACCAUGUAAUGACACUGAUUUUUAAUGUUUUAAUUGAUUUUGGCUUAAAAUGAUCUUUUUACAAAGGGUAUUACAUUUUGGUAAAUGUGAAAACAAAGUUGUUGUAUGUACUUGAUAUAUGUAUGACUCUUAAGAAUGGAUCUUUUUGUUUUUUAAAUUUGGUGUUAACACAAAAAGACUGUCCCAUCCCCCUCUCAGAUAGGCACUGUUUAUAUAAACAAACACACCGCACACACCACACAAUCCUAGUUAGGCAUUUUAGUUCAUUUCAUAACUUUCUUGUGCCAAAUGGUUGUUCUCAUAGACAAGAUCUACAGUAUACACAAAUUAGAAAGUGAAAUUCAGGCUUACUCCCAAAAUAUACUCAUUAAAAAAACAAGCCCUGUUUUUUAAAGUCCCCAUUGGAAAACAGUGGACAUAAUCUCAUAACUAGUUAUAACUGAAAAACUCAGGAAACUUUUUAGAUCAGCUAGAAUCUCUUCGUACCUUAGGAGAACUUGGAUUUUAGGUGGAUCAGUGGUUUUGUGGUUAGCAGGCUGCUUUCUUCAAAUCAUUUUAGACAGACUUGCUUUAGGGUGCAUUAAAAAGGGGGACCUCAGAAGCUGAAGCACACACUCCUGUUUGGCAUGGGGCAGCCCAGAGACUGGCAUAAUUUCAUCAGUUUUUUUCUUUGGAGAACACGUAAGCAGGCUUACUUCCAAAAUUGCUGCAAUAGGUAACUACAAACAGUCCAAAAGGCACUUUUCAACACUGAGCUCCAACAUUCCUUCAGUUGACAGACACCUAGAGAUUCUUGUUUAUUGUCCCCUCACCUGGGAGCAGGUCUGCUGACGAUGCUGUGUGGAUGCUGACUAUCUGCACUGGGAGACUAAUGUCCCUAGAUCCGACAUGCUCAUCAAGCAGCUGAAGAGUAGGGAACAACUAAGGUUUAUCUUCAGCAGUUUCCCCACUAGGUAGAUCCUUUUUUCCCUAAUUGCUUUUAGAUAGAUGGAAAGCCCUUGGUGCAGAAUGGAGGCAUAUUGGUAGCAAACUGAUGUAAUCCAGUAUUGUUUUAAACACCAGUCAUGUCCAGGAACUAGGGUAAAGACUUGGUUCUUCCGCUGCUCAAAAGCAUAUUUCACUAUGUACUUGUUCAUCUUUUUGACCUACUUGUCCUUUUCAUCAAAAUAUACAAUGAGACCAAUCUGAAAACUAUAUAAGUUCACAAUUUAAUAAAUGAAAUAAAAAUGUCAUACACAUAAUGAAAACUGCUGCAAUGAAUAGGUAUGGAAAUACUUGUAGAAUCAGUUGAACUGGUAGUUUUGUAAAGUUUCAUGCUGCUCUGAACAGACUUGUAAUAGUUACAUUCUUAAAAUCAACCACAUUAGUAGAAGGUGGGAACAUUGAGUCAGAGGAACAAGUUCAAGGAUAAUUCAGCAGUGGACCCAGCAUAUGCUUCUUAAGGAGUUAGCCAAAAGUAGACUCUUACUGAGCUCCAGGCUAAGCUGCAUGACCUUACUGGUUAUAGCAUAAAUGGAAUUUGAGAAAGUAAUUUGCCAAUUUUUACAGUGUGUCUUUAGUGCUUAAUACUGGCCGCCUCUACCUUUCUUAAUGCUAUGUGGUAAUAAGAUUCAGAGUUUUAAAGGUAGUUCAGGGAAGAGAUGUGAUCAGAGGAAGGAAAAGUUGUUUCUGAAUGAUAUGGUCCAGGAAGAACAUGGACAAAGUAAGUGCAGUGUACCAGGAUAAGGAUGCAUUUAAUUUGGAGAGUGGAGAGGACUUUCUGAAGCUCUCAAAAUGAGGUUUUGGAGCAACUCUUGCUGAAUGUGCAUGAAAACCAGACAUUACUGAGCUAUCGCCUUAUAUGGUGAACAGAAAACGGAUGGCCACAAGCCAAGCAGAUGCUGCUGUUAAGCCCACGAAUAAUAAAUUAAGAUAGUGAGAGGUGAAAGCGAUAGAUUGCUGUAUACCUUGGGUUUCACCGUCUUCAACGACAUUGGGCUGCUGAGCACUAAGUUGGCAGCAGUGGUGAGAAUGCCGGCCAUGACCCAGGCAAG